AUGGCGCGCAAGAAGACCACCAAGCGCUCGUCGACCGGGCGCCACACCCUACUCCCUGCCCAUCUUCCCGGCGUCAGCCAGGUGGACCUCGUCCCUCGGACGCAAACCUAUAAUCUGCUCACCUGGACCUUCGGACGCGGCUCAGUCAUAUGGCGCAUCUGGCCCGCUGUACUUAUGCACACCCUCUUCGCUGCUGCGGUCGUGACGACAAAUCUGCGGACGGAUGUCAACCUUGCGAUACCCAAGGUUCUGCUUACAGUGCUUGGUGUGGUGAUCGGUUUCGUGAUUUCGUACCGGGCGAGCAGCGGGUACAACUGCUACUGGAUGGGGCAGACAUGCUGGACGGAGGUCAUUCGUAACUCGCGCGCCCAGUCGCGUCUCAUUUGGAUUCAUGUUCCCCUUCGUCUCUCACCAAAGACCCCCGAGGAAACCGAGAAGGCCCAGACGAUCAGGCCAGAGGAGGAAUUACUACAGGUCAUGAAUGAGAAGCGGAUGGCGCUAGACCUCAUCGAAGCCUUCUCGAGGGCGCUCAAGCAUCACAUUCGCGGCGAGCUCGGCAUCUAUUAUGAGGAUAUGUAUCACCUUCUCCGUCCCUUCCACGAGCAUGGGCACAAUACCGCAGAGGAAUUGCGCCCCGUCGAGCCCAUCCAACUGAAACCGCCUCAUUGGGUGACGCGCAACUCGCACCCGCCACACUCCCUUGGGCCACAAAAGACCGACAAGAAUACUAUAGUUGCCGAUGGCAAAACCGCCACCUCCCCCACGACCAACACCUCAUCAAAAACCAAAGAGCCCAGCAAGCCCUCCCCCGAGCGCAACGGGUCGAACGCCUCCAGCGCCAUGUUCGGCAAAGACCCCAUCAUCCCGCCCAUAAACGCCUACGGCACCUUCAACCCCGCCGCCCCUGCCGACUCCCUCCGCUCACGCAAGCGCCGGCACCUCUUCCGCCACCAAGACUCCUCCGCCUCCAGCACUUGCGCCACCGCGCUCCUCCCCUCCGCCAAGCAGGAGCGCCCAGGCAUCUUCGCGCUCGUCUCCGGCGACCUCAUCCCCUUCGCCUCUUUCUUCUGGCACGCGCAGAAGUGGGUGCGCGGCCUGCUGUACAAGCAGCAGACGUUCCCGCUGAAGCGCGAGGAGGAGGGCGGGGUGCAGCAGCACUGGAGCAAGCCGGAGAUGGGCGGGAUGAAGAGGAGGCCGAGGGUCGCGGGCGGUGGAGAGAAUCUGCCGUUGGAGAUCGUGAGGUGCUUGUCGGAGUGGUAUACGGUGCUGGAGGAGAGGGGCUCGGUGCCAGGGACGAGUAUGGGGAAUAUGAUCGCUACGCUCACUAAUUUUGAGGACAAUCUAUCCACACUGGAAAAGAUACUGACUACACCGCUACCAUUUGCCUUCUCAGUCCAUAUCAGACAUACUGUAUGGCUCUAUCUCUUCUUCCUGCCAUUCCAACUGGUGGAUGACUUCGGCUGGUACACUAUACCCGGCGUAGCCGUCGCCGCAUUCAUAUACCUCGGAUUCCUCGCUGCUGGCGAAGAGAUUGAGCAGCCCUUCGGCUACGACGACAAUGACCUCGACCUCGACCUAAUCUGCGGCGAGAUCAUCCACGCCGACCUCGAGCGUCUCCGGCGCACGCCCUGCCUCAACACUUACUGCCCGCCUUCGCAUCCACCUUCUUUGGGGUCCGAGACCGACGAGGACGAGGAUGACAGCGGAUCAGAGACGGACGAAUCGGACACGGAGGAAAGCGACGCAGCGGAUGCCUCGGAAAGCACGCCGCUCGUAUCCUAG